AUGGAGGGUCUCGCUAUUGUAAACAAACCCCAAUGCAAGCGCGCGCUAGAGUAUUCGCCCUCGCCACCAGACAACGAAUCCAUCAAGAGAGAUGCACCCGGAAUCAGCGACGAAACGUACGCCCAGAGAUAUCAGGAAAAGCUAGAGGAGUACAGAGCUGCCAAAGCACAAGACUUGGAGGGGCCCUUCGACCCUAACACCGCUUCUGCCCCUACCGACUGUGCAGGGGGGGCCCGGGCACCUCAGGAACCAGUGCCAUUGCCAGUCGGUCACAGUAACGUGAGUUUUCUGGGCUACCCAGGAAAAAUUAGGAUACUACUCAAUGACCGGCUACUGACCCGAAUUGUUGGGAAGCGUCGAAUGCAGAGAAUACCCAGGUACCGGGUAACUGAAAAUCACACGCCUCUUUCAAACGAUGCGAUUGCGGGUGUUUUGCUUCGUUGUACGCCAAGUUCACCUACGGCCCAGUCAUGGCUCAGUGCGCAUAGGGGGAGCAAGGCGGUUGAGGAGAGAAACAAGGCAAUUUCAAAGGAGCGUGACAAACUCAGAAGACACGUGCUUCAAUUGCGUCCCAAGAGCGAGUGGACCAAGGUCAGUAAGGCGAAGACGAAAGAGGUUGUCGAGGGUUAUAAUGCAAAAGAAGUUAUGGUGAAUAGCGAACAAGUCGUCCCUGGGGCUGGUGAAAUGAAAGAUGAAAGUUGUGCGGCGCAGACCGGGAUUCAACCAACGGAAGAGGAAUUGAGGAUAGCCAGGAUGCAGCAUCUUGAGGCUUCUUUCGAUUCAGACGAACCAGUAAAACAAAUUUUCGAAGUCUUCAAAACCACUGCGAGACUGCAGAUAGUGACAUGUGAUGAUCAGGAGCCCGCGAAUAUCUCUGAUCGUUUCAGGGCCGAGAUUCGACAGUAUUAUAGACACCCUGACGAGUAA